AUGGAUUCAGAAUUGACUGAAAGAAAACGUUCAAGCAGGGAAUCCAAAUCAGAAAAUUUAUCUAAAACCAAUUCUAUCCAGAAUUUUGAUGAAGAUGAGGAAGAAGAUGAAGAAGCAGUUAAAAAACGUUUGUUCGAACAAAAAAUUGAGCUGCCUCUUUUAGUAUUUUUUCUAACAUUUUUAUUUCCUCCUCUAGGUUUUAUAUUUUUUUUCAUCAACAGAAGACUAAGUAGGGAAUCGCUUAGAUAUCGCUGGUUUCAAAGAGCACUUACUCUUGGCUCCGCUCUAUCUGUUAUCUAUACGCUUGGUAUUUGCAUUGCUUUGCAUCACACCAUCCUUUAUAAAAGACCCAACGACAUACUAGGGUAUGGAUACGAAUAA